UCCUCUCUGUGACAGAACUGUGUGUGCUGUGUGUGAGGGAGUGUGUGUGUGUGAGAGAGAAAAAGCUCUCAGGCUGCAGGGUGUCGCAGUUUGCUCCAGAACAGUUUCGUAAUUCAUCCCGAGCAUCGCUGGAAGAAGGAAGUGCAGCCAUGGCGCAGGGGCUCAAAGAGAGGUUUGAAAAGUUCCUCCAUGAGAAGAAUCUCAUGACUGAUGUUCUGUCCAAGAUCGAGACGAGGACCGGAGUGAGCAGGACCUACAUCGCUCUGGCCCUGGUUGCUGUGAUCGCAGUGUAUCUGGUGAUCGGGUAUGGAGCCUCCCUGCUGUGUAACCUCAUCGGCUUCCUUUAUCCUGCCUACAUAUCGAUUAAAGCGAUAGAAAGUGCGACCAAAGAUGACGACACUAAGUGGCUGACAUACUGGGUCGUGUACGGACUCUUCAGUGUGGCCGAGUUCUUUGCUGACAUCUUCCUCUCCUGGUUCCCCUUCUACUAUAUCGGAAAGUGUGCCUUCCUGGUCUGGUGCAUGGCUCCCACUCCCUCCAACGGAUCCACGCAGAUUUAUAACCGCAUCAUCCGACCCUUCUUCCUCAAGAAUGAGGCCAAGAUCGACGACGCCAUGAAGAACAUCAAGGACAAGGCGUCAGAGGCUGCCGACAAGUUCAAAGACGAGGCAAAGAAAGCCACAGCAAACAUAAUUUUCGAGGAGAAGAAGAGCUCAUAAGAAGACGACGUCCUGCUGCAGCGAGAUCUCCGAGCUGACUCUGUUACAGAGCUCAUGUUGCCUUUAAGUGCUUGUUUUUAAGAAUGUAGCCUGUCACCGUAUCUAUUAAAGCCACGCUCCCCUCCCCGGGUCGGUUCACUUAUUUAAAUUUGCCUUAAGAGGGAAAUCUGAACGCUGGUCCUGAGACACUUCACAAAUCAAAUAAAAACAUGUGGCUGAAGAAGAACA